AUGCUUCCAAUUUUUCUCAUCUCAUUGUUCAUUUCUUCCACCAAUUCAUGUUCGCAAGUUCAAAAAACGUGGCGUUGCUUGGAUGCCACGUGGACACUCUUCAACAGGGGUUCUUAUUCCUGGUGCAUCCGUCCGGCUUAUGGAAUGGUCCCCUUAGGAAAUGCCAGCUCCCUCUGUCAAGAUCUGGAUAGCUCCGCAGUUCUAACAGGUUUCCAAGAUCUCACUGAACUUUCCAAGAUGUCUCAAGAAGUGGCUAAUCACAACGAUUCUAUAGUCUACAUGGCAAUCGGAGCUGUUCGAUCUGACAAUUGUAAAACCACGGAGAGCCUGAGCACUGCCUCCUGCACCCCUUCAAAUAUGUUUGUAUGGACUGAUGGAAAAACAACGGGCUCGGCGGGUUUUAAUUGGCUAGUAAGGCAACCAAAUGGUUGUUUUGAGCCUGGAUGUUCAGCUUCGAAUUGGGUAGUCAUUUAUCCCGGAUAUUCGGGGAAAAUGGAUGAUUUUUGGGAGGAUUGGCUGGUUAAUGGGGCGAUUUGUGGAAUGGAAGCGAUUCAGAAUUGA